AUGGAAGACACCGUCGUCCCUACCUUCGUGCCCCUCCGCUGCCGCUCCAACCCGGACCUCGCGGCCGCCGUCCGCGGCGCAGAUUUCCUCCUUGGCCGCCUGCCAGUCCCGGAAGGCGAGAAUGAUGCCGUCUUCCUCCAUGUCCCCGUCCCCGUCCCCGAAGACGACGAGGAUGCCAUCGUCUACGAGUGGUCAAUCUGUGACUGCCACGACGGAUUUGUUCUUCUUGGCAGCUGGAGCACCCAGCAGUUGGCUGUCUACAACCCGCUCACGCGGACCCUGGAUCUCUUUCCCCUGCCGCCUGAUGAGGACCGCGAGGGCUUCAAUGUCGACUUCCACAUCCUCGCCUCAGAACAAGACUAUCGGUUGUUCCGCGUUGUGUGCGUCCGGCACAAUGAACGUGGCGCACGCGCCGUCGUCUUAUCAUCGAACACCAGGAAGUGGCAGAUGUUCCCAUGA